AUGUACGGAAUAACUCCCAAUAUAUACCGACUUGCAGAAGUUGAUUCGGCACAAGAUGAUUACAUACUAUCCGAAAAAUUCUUCGAGACGGACGGAUAUGUUGCACCUGUGUCAACUCAAGGUGAUACAACCACAGCUGCUUCACCACAUAGUUCAACACCACUUUUUUGGGCUCGUCGAACAAAUGGCACGGAUGAGCGCGCAGUCCAGACAACAACAACGACAGUCAGAGUUCACUUCGAUCGUCGCUUCGCAUUACCACUAGUUGAGGAUAAGAGUGUAGCUUUUACGGUAACAAACGAUGCCAAAAUCACAGACUACAAAUGGAUUGGUUUGUAUAAUCACUGUGCCCAGAGGGUAGUGCAGCUAUUAUCACUGAAGGACGUUGACCCGCCACGGGAAGAAAAAAUCGGCCCAUUGCUUAGUCAGUCUCAUAACGUUACAUCAUAUCGGGUGCAAAUACUGAACUGCAAUACAAUCCUUAUUCCUGGUUUCGUGUUCAAUCAAGGAAACGAUCCACCAGAAACGUAUUUCUAUGUUGGCAUUGGGCAUUAUCCCGAUAGAAUCGAAAAGCAGGUGCGCGCCACACUCAUUGGACAGGCACCUGAUCGGCCGCUGCGGAACUAUAGCCGAGAAGACGUGAUGAUACGCUUACCAAGGACAUACCGCACAUUUGACAUCGACUUCAUAUCCGUUUUCAAUGAAAUUGAAGAACGUUCCUAUGGUCACGUUAAAAUACCAAGUUUGCUUGUACCACCUUGUAGUGAACAUGAUAGCGUCUAA